GUGACCAAAAACUACCAUGCUUAUAGGUAGAGUUUGAGAGUUCUGUCAUUGAUUAGUAUGCAUGUUUCUGUUUUCCCAUCUCUAGGUGUUUCUCAGCUCAUUUCCCAAUGCUCAGCACAUCAACAAAGUGUCCUGUUUCAUUUUAAGGCAUUAGUGUUUGUAGUAGCAGUCAUUUGCUGUUAGUUUCCCUCCUCUCCCCUUGUCUCUUCCAUGACUCCGCAGGUUCCAGUGCCCAGACCGUCAUAUUCCCAGGCCAGGGAGAGUCUGGUGAAGGCCGUGCCUCCGAAGAUCAUCUGUCUUCUGGCCUGUGGAGGGAGAGACUGCCGCUAUGAAGGUCCGGCGUGCUGGAGCGCAAACCAGCAGGCCAUCAAAGGCAUCUUCUCCAGCUGGGUGACUGGUGACAUUCUUGCAAUGGCACGACCUUCUACAUAUCUCAUCAAGAGAUACAGCAUCAUAGAGCAGUUCAAACAGUUGAACAUUAAAUCCAUCAUCAACAUGCAGCUGCCAGGAGAACAUGCUCACUGUGGUCCUCCGCUGGAGCCUGACAGCGGCUUCACAUACUCACCGCAGAUCUUUAUGGACAAUCAGAUCUUCUUCUAUAAUUUUGGCAUGUCUGAUUUUGGCGUGUCGUCUCUGGAGGGGAUGCUGGAUGCUGUGAAGGUUUUGGCUUUCUCUGUGCAGGAAGGGAAAGUGGCCGUUCACUGCCAUGCUGGACUGGGCAGAACAGGUGUUCUCAUCGCAUGUUACCUGGUCUACACCUGUCGGAUCAGCGCCAGUGAAGCCGUCCAUUAUGUCCGCAUCAAACGGCCUCGCUCGAUCCAGACCCGCUCGCAGAUCAAUCUGGUGUUUGAUUUCGCACGGCUGCUGGGCUCUCAGCUGGCCCAGUUCUCCAGUCUGAACACACGUCACUGCGCCACCUUCAGUCUCCGGCAGUAUCUCCUCCGUCAGGCUCUUCUGCUGCAUGGGGAUGAGGCCCGAACCCUCAAACACACACCUAAAAUCCUGCACGUCCUCUGCAGUAUGUUGAUCAGCCUCACGCAGGGGUCUGCCGGCCCUCCAGAGGUCCAAAGGGAGCUGGAGAAGAGGGCCAAUGUUUUGACAGUGAAGAGAGCAGUGAAGGAAACACUGCUGAAGAGGAAUCUGCCUGUUUUGAAGGAGCGCAGAGGAUCGUGUAGGACAUUCUCCUGUGAGUCCUGGGAUGAGCCCUUCGGGUUCCUGGAGAGGAAGAGAGAUGUGCUUUUAAACAAGAGAAGCUACAGCGAAUCCGAUCUCAGCAAAAUUACCAUCAUCGAGGAUUUCAUGUUCUCACACUGCUAUUCUCAAUCUGCCGGACACCAUAAAAUAAGCAAUGGAGAAAUCAGUCGAGAAAAAGAUCUGAGAAUCCCUACAGAAUCCCAAAAGUAUCCUCAAAUCCCGACAACAGACCAGUGCAACGGAACAACACAGACACAAAGCCCUAUUCCUCCAUCAGCUCCUCCUGCACACACAGAGAAUGUCAACAAGAAGACAAAAUGUACAACCAAGAAACCUCAAGCUUUCCAGAAGUUCGGCUCAAACAUUGAGCUGCGGAGAGAUGAUUUUCCAUCAGAUCAGUCGUCGUUAUCAAGAGCGGUUGCGAAAGCACUGGCUCAGCAGCGUCCUCCGCUGGCCACUGUCUUGAAAAGAGCAGCAGUUUUGCAGGAUGAGCUAAACUUGAGUGAAUGUGGCUGGGCUACACUGGUCAUGGAAACAGAUCCAGAUGUCCUGAGCACACUGCUAUGGAUUUGGCUGGACAAACUCAAGGACCCCGUUCUCGGUAAAGAUGACAUCGAGAGGCUGACCUCAACCUGGCCUGUACAAAACCCUCUUAUUACACUACACAAGUUUCAGCGUCAAACUGUCUUCUGUCUGCUGGACUGUGUGGGUCAUGUUGUGGUUCGGUGUCCUCAGUUUGAACACGCUAUACUACAGAGACUCAUUCGAGCAUUAACAAGACGCCCUCCUGAGGAAAUAGAGAGGAACAACAUCUUAUUGCGGGUCCUCAGAGGGUCAAUGAGAGAGCUUUACCUACAAAACCAUCACUCAAACACUACAACAGCUGCAAAGUGCUAGAGACAGGGGUUAAACUAUGAGGAAACUAAUAAAAAUAUCCAUUAUAAGAACUGUUGUAUGAUUGAUA